GAGCCCGACACUCGACGACCGUCUUUUUUUCCUCCUCGUACUCACCACACACGCACGAUUCCCCCCUCGCGAGCGCAUCCAAGGCCACCGUAUCGCAACGCGCUGCUCGAUAUCUCCUGCCCCCGCACAUUAAUAGAGGCCUGUCUGCCUGCCCGUGUCGUCUGCAGCGCGGCUCGACGCCAGAGAAAGGGGCCCGUUCUGUCGCACACGGCACUGACUGAAAGGCCAUACGUCAUUCCACAGUCCAAAGUACCAGCCCUCACCCAUCGCUAUCGUCCAUCUGUCGCGUCUCGAGAGCGCUGUUUGCAAAGCGUAAGGUUCCUUGAUUCGCCCAUUGUCCCUCUCUCCCUCUGCCCUUCAGCGUGCUUGCCUGUGUGCGUGCUCGCCGUGUUGCCGUUGGGACCUGGUGCCAGUAGAAGGAGCGCGUCGCCACCCAGACCGCCUACUCACUCACUCACCCUUCGCUCCCAUCCAUCUCCUCGCACCCACUCACCCGCACACACGUACUCUCAUCUCGAGAUCCAUCAGCGAUCUCUCCCGUCGCGCAUUGCAUCUGCGUCUGUACUGACUCGUCGCAAGCACGUGUCCAUCUGCCGUAAUCGUUUUGGCUGGGUGUUGAGAGAGAGAGUCGAGGCGAGAAAAAAGGAAGAGCAGUGUCUGCCUGUCAAAGGAAGCGGCUUGCCCCGACCCAGACAGCUGUACCGCGACUGAGAUCAUCGGCCGACGUCAUCCUCCACCAUCAUCAUCAUCAUCAUGGCUCAGGCUCAAUCACAAAAGACUUCAGCCAUGUCGUCCAAAGAUUCGUCACCCAAAACUAGCAAAAAGGCAUUGGAAGAGCCCGUCGUCAAGGCCGAUACCGAUACCACUCCUCCAGAAGACUCCGCUGUCAAAGACGAAGCCACGACUACGGAUCAGAAGCCUCCGACGUCCAAUGCACCCUUGGGUCCGCCACCACGACCAGCGACCACUGGCGAUACCCCAGAUUACUUCAACACCCUCCACAAUCCGUUCUCCAGCGAACCCAACCCCUUUGAGGCAUCUUUCGGCAAUCCGUCCACAGAGACACCCGGGAAGACAAUCCUUCCACCAGUUGCUAACAUCACGUCGCCAUCACCACUUCCCGGUAUCACUCCAGGCUGGAAUUCGUUAAGAGCAGGGCCUCUAAGUCCUGCAAUGCUCACAGGUCCUACCAGUCAGGCUGAUUACUUCAGUGAGGGAUUUAGAGGAUUCCCAACUCCAAACGAGUCUUCUUUGCGGACAGGCUUGACUCCUGGCGGCGGUGGGUCCAUGUUCCCCGCCCAAAGUCCCAACACCCAGUCCAUUUUCAAUCUUCAAAGCACCGGGGUGACACCUGGUACUGGAGACUUUCAACAAGCCGCUCUUCGUGCUGCUGCUCAGGCGAGCCAGAACAAGAGCUCAACAACGACUGCACCAACUUCGCAGCCAGAGCUGGCCACCGCUGGUAUGGAUAGGCCAAACUUCCCCCCUCUCCAACAACCCCGGCAACGUACAAAUGACCCAUUCGCGAAUCAUGACGUCAGCAAUGCGGCUAACGACCUAUUGUCUUUCGCUACCCAAAAUGGUGGAGCCCGGAAUGGACAGCCAGCAUACUCGAUGGCCCCACAGCAGGCGCCCGUUAAUGCUGGGCAUAUGCCUGUACGUCCUGUCGCCCAAGAUCAUAGUCGACGCAACACCAAAGGAUCAAUAAACUCCAUGGCUGGCUCUGCAGAUACUGGCGACUUCUCGGAAAGCGGACAAAGCGAAGAGAACAAGAACAACGCUCGAACACGCGGCAAAAAGGGUGGUGCCGCCAACGGUAAGCAGACUGCCGGCACUAAGCGCAAGGCAGAAGAGCCACCCAAAGGCGGUAGUCGCAAGAAGAGCACUGCUCCAUCCGUUGGAGAGAUGGGCGAGGAAGACGACUCUGACCAGGAUAUGGACGAUAUCAAGAACGAAGAAAAUGGCGGCAAGAAGAUGACUGAUGAAGAGAAGCGCAAGAACUUCUUGGAAAGGAACAGGGUUGCUGCGCUCAAAUGCCGCCAGCGUAAAAAGCAAUGGCUGGCCAACCUCCAGACUAAGGUCGAACUUUUUAGUACAGAGAACGAUGCUCUCUCUGCUACCGUCACACAGCUUCGUGAGGAGAUUGUUAACCUCAAAACCUUGUUAUUGGCACACAAGGACUGUCCUGUAUCCCAAGCCCAAGGGCUUCACGGCGCUGCCAUGAAUAACUUUCUUGGAAGUGACAUCAAUCAUCAAAAUCCUUAUGGCAUCGCUCAACUACCGCCUAAUGGCGUCCACAUGGGCAUGCCCAUGCAGCAAAACGGCCACGGUCACCACAUGCAACGGUUCGUAUACCCACCAUCAAGGGCUCCAGAGGAACAGGAGAACCAACCUUAUCCCCCACAACACUAG